AUGAGUUCUUCACGUCGUCAACGAUAUUCUCAAUCGUAUUCACCAUUUACUUCUCUGUCAGAAGAUAUAAGAGCAGUCGUUGCGAUUGAUUUUGGGACGACAUACAGCGGCUUCGCUUAUGCACACAGGAGUUCUCCCAAAGAAAUUGAGAUAAAUGCACGAUGGCCUGGAAAAGAAGGUACUCCUAAAACAAAUACCGUAUUGGUAUAUAAUAGUACUUGUAGCGAAGUAUUGAAAUGGGGUGGGCCCGCGUUACUUUAUGAGCCAAGAAGAAGUAGUAGAAAUAAUAUUAGGGAAUUGGGUUCACCACGUUCACCACGUCCGCAACACUAUGUUGCUGAAAGAUUCAAAUUAUUUCUAGACGAUAAUGCAUCAGACAACUUAUAUUUACCACCAAAUUUGGAUUAUAGAAAAGCUAUUAGUGAUUAUUUAAAUAAAAUGAAACGGGUCAUAGAAGAAACGCUUGAUAAGCGUUGGCCAGGCCUUAAAUUAUCACAAGUACUUUUGAUUUUAUGUGUGCCUGCGGAAUGGGGACCGCAUGCUAAAGAUACCAUGCGCGACUGUGCAUACAAAGCUGGAUUAUUAGACGAAUCCAUUGCAUCGCAUCUAGAAUUUACAACAGAACAUACAUUUCUCGUUGUUGAUUGCGGUGGUGGAACAGUCGAUCUUACAAUGAGAACGAUACAAACAGGCAAUAAAUUAGAAGAAGAAACAAUAAGAACAGGAGAUUUAUGUGGAAGCACAUAUGUAGAUCAAGAAUUCUUACAUUUUUUGGGCCGCAUAGUAGGCUUUACUGCCUUACAAAGGCUACGAUCAUAUGCUUACGGUGAUUUGCAAAGACUUAUUCUUGAGUUUUUUUGUAAGGAUGUAAAGAAUGAUUUUGAUGGAGAUCCCGACGAAUUUGAAACCAUUGAAUUGAAUCUCGAUAGAGAUUGUCCCUCAUUGGUUGACUAUAUUACUGGGGCAGAAAGAACCAACUUGGAAAGGAAUGAAUGGAUUAUUGAAUUAGAGUUCGAGACAGUGAAAAAAAUGUUCGAUCCAGUAAUCGAAAAAAUCAUCAAGUUAAUUCAUAAUCAAUUGUUAGAUCUUGCAAAUCUUGCAACAAAUCGCCAUUGCAAAGCCAUGUUUUUGGUUGGAGGAUUUAGUGAAUCACCAUACUUAAUAAAACGAGUCCGAGAAAGAUUCCAAGAUCGUGUGCCCAUUAUUGCGGUUCCUAAUCAGCCGAUAGCGGCCAUCGUUAAAGGCGCUGUAAAAUACGGACUAGAUAUGAGCUUGGUCGAAAGUAGAGUCUUAAAAUGGACGUACGGAGUGGAGGUAAAAGAAGAUUUUAAUAAUCAUCAUGAUCCACCUAGACUACGAACCAAUGAUAAUAAAAUUUGGAAGUUUGACACUCUUGCACGUCGUGGAGAACGCGUUGCGGUCAACCAGGCUUUUAGUAAAGAAUAUAAACCAUUAAAUGCUGACCAAAAAGUUGCAGUACUUCGCGUAUUUAUUACAAAAGAAGUGAGGCCCAAAUACAUUAGGGAUGUCGGAAUGCGGGAACUUGGUACUCUAAAAAUCCCUUUAUCCAGAACGCUAUCAUUAGGACGAAAUCGUCCUGUAGUAUUUGAAUUAAGGUUUGGAAUGAUGGAAAUAAAAGCCACGGCUAAAAAUAAAGUAACGCAUGAAACAUUUCAGGAAAAUUUCGAGUUGGAUGUUAAGGGCCAAAAAUAA